GCUCGUGAUUGGCUGUCUGAAAAAAGCGGCUGACUGUGCCGUGUGAUGUGAUCUGUCCGAUUCUGUGAUUUCAUAUACCGAAAAAUGGUUAAAUAAAAUAUAUUGACACCACCAAAUUUCAACGCUACCCUGUUAAAUCUUUAUCAUGCUGUCGCAGCUGCUACGUCAGUUUCUGUUUACAAUAGUGCAUUUUGUUAUAAGUUUACUUGUUGCUGUUCAAAAUGUUUAUUCCCGAUUAUGGGUUAAAAAGUGCAUUUUACCUCAAAACGAGGUGACGAAGAGUGAUAUAAAAGUUAUAUUAGAACACUUGCCAAGAGUUACCAAGAAACUCAAACAUUUAGUGAUCCUGACAGACACCGAGGAACACUCCUUCAGUACGCUUGCUCGCAUGGUUAUCUGGAGCCUGGUAGCCGGGAUAUCAUACGUGAGCUUCUAUGAUAUAACGGGAGAAUUAAAAGAAAAUGAAGAAAAACUAUUUCUUGAAGUAGAAAAGAAUAAAAAGGGUGUGCCAGGUUGCAUAAAGUGGUACAAAAAGCCUGACUUGAAUGGCUACACAAAUGGGAUGCAAGCCCACACUGUGUACAUAAAUAUAUUUAAUAGCAAAGAUGGCAAGCCCACUGUUACACAAUGUAUACGUGAGAUUGCAGCAGAUAGAGUUAAAUGUAGUAGAGAAUCUAAGGAAUAUACAGCACAAGAAUUAGACAAUGCCCUUAAACUAAUGUACCCUUCCAUUCCUGAUCCAGAAUUAGUUUUAUAUACUGGUCCUCUAUGUUGUACCCAUGGGUUAUUGCCAUGGCAAAUAAGACUCUCAGAGUUUAUACAACUUUCCAUAGACCAUAGUGUAAGUAUUGAGAAUUAUAUAGGUGCAUUGUACAGAUACAAUAAAUGUGAUCAAAGAUUUGGUAAGUGAGAUUGGGGUUAGCCUCAACGGUAGGCCUAAGAUUAAUUGAAUAUUUAUACGGGCAUUAUCCAUUGGUAACCAUCAGGAGUGAAUGUGUAAAUAGGUGCUUUAUUUAAAUAUCAGAUACAUUAUUUUAUUACUAGAUAACAUUA